AUGGCAAGGGUUAGACUAAGCGUAAGUGAGAAUGUAAGUCUUCGAGUGCGAAGAAGGAAGGGUGACGUCUACGGAGUGAUUGAUCGAGUUGAAGCUACAUUUUGCGACUGCAAGGCUUAUCAGCUGCUGCCCCCAACGAAAACGAUAGGCUUCCUGCAUAGCUUGUUUCCACAUGUGAAUUGGAACGCACAUCCAAAGACUACCGCGACGACGACGACGACGUAG